AUGCGCACUUCCUACCACCUCAUGGAUGAAGGCGGCCCUUCCACUCCCUCGAAGAAUAGAAUAAUACCUACCGAAUCAGACGCUAUAAAAGAGCAAGCCAACACUCUGUUUACGCAUGUUCUACACACAGAAGUUACGCCACCUUCUCCACGACGGCCUGCCUCACCUACGCGUCCCACGCAAGCCACAUCGUCGACUGCAGUCCCUCCAUCAACCCCUACUAGGCGCCGGAUAUUUCAAUAUAAUUCGCCAUCUGCCUCCAAUCCAGCAACACCCACUCGCCGUCUGGAUGCUCCAACUGAUGAGGCGUACUCAAUGAGUCCAGUACGCGCAGAAAGUCGACAUCUUCUCGAAAGUCCGAGACGCCAAUUGCGUAGUGUCUGUAAAACACCAUACAGAGUCCUGGAUGCCCCAGAGCUUGCAGACGAUUUCUAUCUCAAUCUAGUCGACUGGUCAAGUACUAACGUACUUGGUGUAGGCCUUGGACCUUGCGUAUAUCUCUGGACUGCUCAUAAUGCCGCCGUAUCCAAGUUGUGUGACCUCGCUCCUACUAAUGACACAAUAAGUUCUGUAUCUUGGGUACAAAAAGGCACUACACUUGCAAUUGGUACACUAUCAGGUCGUUUACACAUAUACGACGCCAACACUCUUCAACUUCAGCGCACAUAUCAGCAAGCCCAUAAUCAACGUAUCGGAGCCAUUGCAUGGAACUCGCACGUGCUCAGUUCAGGCUCCCGAGAUCGCAUGGUGCAUCAUCGUGAUGUGCGGGAAGCUACGAUGAAGCCGUUCAAGCGCUGUGCCGGACACAGACAGGAAGUUUGUGGACUGAAAUGGAGCGGAGAUGGGGGACCACAAGCAGCAACUCUUGCGAGUGGCGGGAACGAUAAUAAAGUAUGCAUAUGGGACUUACGGGGCUCAAAAAGAGCAGCAGGACUUGCCGUUGGUGGGAGUGGCAGUGGCAGGUCAGGCGGGAACAGUAGUGCAGGAGAAGAUGCCGGUGGAGAUGCGCCGUUAUGGAAAUUUCACGAACAUACUGCUGCCGUUAAAGCCCUCGCAUGGGACCCGCAUGUUUCUGGCGUCCUUGCUACUGGUGGUGGAACCCAGGAUAAGCAUAUACGGUUUUGGAAUACCUUCAAUGGCAAUAUGCUGAACGAACUAGAUACAGGCAGUCAGGUUUGCAACCUGAUAUGGUCUUUGACUUCCCAUGAGCUUGUUUCUACCCAUGGUUUCUCAUCUACCACUGCACAAAACCAAAUAUGCAUAUGGAAGUACCCCACUUUAAACAUGGUGGCUUCUCUCACGGGCCAUACUCAUCGUGUACUUUACCUCGCUAUGAGCCCCGACGGCGAGACAAUAGUGACCGGUGCAGGAGAUGAGACCCUUCGGUUCUGGAAUGCCUUCCCAAAGAAGGAGAAUAACGAAAAGAAAGAAAGUCGCCUAGAUUACGGCCGCCUCAUUCGAUAGGCAUCUGAUUGUCGUAGAUCUUGUUCGUCAAAAAAAUCUGCGCGCUCUCGCCAUCUUCCUUCGACAGCCCGCCAUGACUUCCCCUUGCAUCUGUUUCGCUCACGGUCCUCCGCACAAGCUCACAACUCACCAGACUCUACUGAACACGCUUCCAUGCUAUGUCGAUCUACGCCAACUCCCCUCAUCCUCCGAGGUCACGACUACGUACAUACAUAUUAUAUGACUGCUAUUCUGUAUCAAAGCAAGCCCAUACUAUAACUACUGCUAGCUAUGCCUUUUUUAUGUUGUCUUCACUUUGCUUCUUGUAAGGGUUAUCGAGACAUGUUUUCUUUGUAUCCUUUUGAUUUGGACUCGCUAUACUUAUACCCUUGUUCAAAGUUUCAGAACACUUGAACCGUCGCGUCAGAAAGUCCGUAGUGGCACUCUUUGUAAAAUCGCAAGAUAUCAUGACGAAUGGUACAUGGUACAAUAGAUAGUUUGUCAAAUUCGAACCUCUCCUGCACCUGCUUUUAUCCUGUUGCUUCAGCUAAGCUGCGCUCACGAAUAAAUUACACCGCGAAACAUAUAGAACGAGAUAUCGAUAACAAAGAGAGAAACAUCGAGUUUUAAAAAGCAAAAAAUAGACAGAUUAGAGGGUAUAAGUGCAUCAAAAUGGGCGGACAGGGGUGGAUAAAGAGAAUGCAUCACCGCGUGGCCGAGAAGGGACUGGAAAUACAGAAGAGGGGGUUGCAGCGGUAGGUGUGACAGAUGAAGUGGCAGGAAGCAACUCGCUAGAGGUCAUCUCACGGCCUGCGAGAAGGUAGGCUAUCCGUAGUUCCUGUGAUAUCAACCGUCAA